AUGGCGGAAUCUUCGAUUCUCAUGUUGAAAGCUAGGGAUCUUCUUGCGACUCCAAACCACGAAGGAUUAGCGAUUGUUGUUGAUAAACUCUUUAUGGAUCGUGAAACCGACGAAUAUAAAUCAGCUAAUGCUCUGUAUGACUUCUGCGUCGAUAAAUUCGCAAAUCUCUUAACCCUAAAGCUUCUCAAGGUGUAUGUAUGUUCUUCUUCCAAUGAACUCGUUAGAUCCCGAUCGAUCUAUCUACUUUCUGAAACUCUCACCUUAUUCAGAAGCCGUAGUUAUGAAUUCUCUCGCGUCUCUUUGUAUGAGAUCAAGCCGCUUCUGAUUUCUUGCUUAACAAUGCAAGAAACCAGAGAAGCUGACAUCAAAAGCCUCAGACGAGUCGUGUCUUUUGUUACCUACAAUGUUAUGAUGUUAGAUAAUAGCGGAUGGGACGAGCUCAGUGAAUGUAUCCUUGAACUCGCAAUCAACGAACCUCUAAAGGCUUUUCACAUCUUCAUCGAUUUGCCACGAGUCGACGAGAAGUUCAUCUACAGGUUUAUGGAGAGAAUCUUAGAGGAAGCAGAGAAAGUAUUGCUUAAUCCUGAGGAAGAUAGAAUCGAAGAUUGGGGUUUGGCUUUACAGACUAUUGUUAAAAUGGGGAUUCAGAUUUUGGAUUCUGAGAUGAAGAUUGAUCUGAUAAAGAAUCUUCUUUGUGUUCUUGUGAAGUCAGCAAGUGAGCUAGUGGAGAAGGGAAUGGAAGAGUUUUUGCUAAGAGGUCUUGAAGAUCUUGAGAGGUUCUUGUCAAGAGACAAGAACUUGCAUAAUUACAGUACGGCUCAAUGCAAUUUUGUGUCGGUCUUCAUGUUCAAGAUCAGAGAACUCGGAACACACACCAAUGAAGCUGCGAAGAAGAUCAAUAGGUUGAUUAAGUCUGACAACAAUCCAGCUAUCAAAACCAGCCCAUCUCUUAUACAACAACAACCACAGGAAAAGCAAGAUUCUGUUUUGGAGAGAGGAAUGGCGGAGCUAGCUAAAAGUCUCACAGAGUGUGAGGUUGAUUGGAUGCACACACCUGAGGCUUAG